UUUACGAAUAUUUCAAGAUCCGACAAAAAUGUAAAGCAUCAUAUUUUGGGAAAUGACAACGAAUUUUUUAUGACACAUGCAUGAUUUCAGACCUUUUCGACGCCUAUGAAGCGGGGCUAAAGCUCUACGUUUUACUCCCUAGCUUGUAAAAAGUGAGGUCAAAGAGAAAUAAUGAAAAUUAUAUACAUCUAUGAUCUCGCAUUUUACGAUGAUCAGCCCACUCACAGUAAGAGCUGUAAGGUUAAAUUACUACAAAUGACCGAAAUUUUCUAAAAAUUUGUAGACAUUUUUAAAUAGAAUUUUGGGCAGUUUAUGCUAAGUUACCAUAAAUUACUCUUAAAAUCACUGUAAAUCAUGCUUUCUUUAUUCGAAAUCUAAUAUGGGCUAAAAUCAUGAUUUCGAUUCGAGAAAUGUUUGAAAUCAUCAAUUUUUUGUAAAAAAUAUCGUAUGCGCCAAUGGAGAGAGGGGCUUUUUGGACUUGUGUAUGUUUUCAGUACGAGUUGUUGGCGAGCGCUGGUCGCAUAAUAUGUUAUUAUAGUGCAGCAAUAUUGCAAGCUGCAGGUACGUCUCAUACGCAUAUUACAAUGAAACUCUUCUACAGAGACGAUUUUGGGGCUGACGGUGGGUGGGAACUAACUCAUUAUAGCCCGUUCCACUUUUGUUUGUUCACGCGUGAGUGUUUGCCUGAGUGUCAACCGCAGACCCCGCGCAGCACCUGUUACACCUACCAGCGGCGCGGAGCAAAUUCUCAGAAGGGCUAUUUAUUUCUAUAGUAAACAGCUUACGGUUUAACAGCUGCACCGCUCUCUACAGCAGUGGUGUAGUCCUAACAGAAAAAGUGGCCUGACUGUACUGUUAACAAAUUAUAACAUACGGUGAUUGCGGCUAGGGGAAUCGAUGAGGACGAACAUUUAUUUCAGUCGGAUGAGUUAUUACUGGAAUAAUUAACGCCCGAAGAACAGGAGGAAAUCAUGAGGGCGUAAAUCGUAGAGCUGAACGAAGAUGCUGGAACUUUGCAAAAUAAUAGGGCGAUAAAACGCAUUCUUUUGAAAAUUGAGAAGACAGGGAGGAUGCAGCAAUGUAUGAUGUGCAUGAAAAGAGCUAUUUAAAACUUUGAAUAACGUUUGUAAAACGUAAAAGUCAACUUUUGAAAUGAAGUUUAAUGGUUCGGUUCAUCUUUGAAAAUUCGCGCCACCUCACGUGGCAUUGGAAAAUGGAAAGUGUAAUGGAAAGGUUGGAGCUUCUCCAAUAAGAAUGGAGCAUCGAGGAUCGAGCUUCUCAAAAAACAGCUGACUAUAUACCUGACUUGUAAUUUUUUAUCUUGUUUAAAAAUGUCACAAGUUGAAACAAAACAUAUUCUACAUAGUGGAUAUUUUCAUCCAUUAUUGCGACAAUGGCAAUCUCCAAAUGUGGAAAUAACACCAAAGAAUUUGAUGUAUCCGAUUUUUAUUUUAGAUGAACCGAAUGCCAAAGAAGCUAUAAGUAGUAUGCCAGGUGUAUAUCGAUAUGGCAUUAAUCAACUCAAAUCCAUGCUACAACCUUUAGUGUCUAAAGGAUUGCAGUCUAUCUUAUUAUUUGGUGUCUCGAAUAGUUUAAAAAAGGAUGAAAUCGGAAGCAGUGCUGAUAGUACUGAAAAUCCAGUAAUUCGAGCUCUGCCACUUUUAAGGAAGUGGUUUCCUGCUUUAAUAAUUACCUGUGAUGUGUGCCUGUGUCCUUAUACAACACAUGGACAUUGCGGAAUUUUAAACAAAGAUGGUACUUUAAAUAAUGAGGCCAGCAUCAAACGAAUCGCUGAGGUAGCUCUUGCAUAUGCUAAAAGCGGUGCUCAAGUAGUAGCUCCUUCAGAUAUGAUGGAUGGUAGAAUAGCAGCUAUCAAAGAAAGUUUAGGUGCCGCGAAUUUAUAUAAUAAAGUCGCUGUCCUCUCUUAUGCAGUAAAGUUCUCCUCUGGAUUUUAUGGACCAUUCAGAGAUGCUGCACAAUCUGCGCCACAGUUUGGGGACAGAAAAUGUUAUCAAUUACCACCUGGAAGCAAAGGACUGGCUUCGAGGGCGGCUGCAAGAGACGUCGCAGAAGGUGCUGAUUUUCUGAUGGUGAAACCUGGAUUAGCAUACCUGGAUAUCGUAAAACAAGUGAAAGAUGAUCAUCCCGAAUAUCCUUUAUUCAUAUAUCAAGUAUCAGGAGAAUACGCUAUGCUACUUCAUGGGGCAAAAAACGGAGCAAUCAACUUGGAAGUAGUACUUAAUGAAAUCUUGAUGUCUAUGAGACGAGCAGGAGCUGAUUGCAUUAUUACUUAUUUUACGCCUAUGAUCCUUGAUAUGUUGCAGCCAAAAAGCAAAUACUAAAGCUACUUCUUCGAUUUUAUUGAUUUUCGCGGUUUCCGUAAGGGAUCCAAUUUAAUUUUAAAUACUUAAUAUUUCGUUAAAGAUCAGCUUAAUUAUAAAAGGCGUAAUACUUAAUGUGUAAUUCGAAGCUUUGCAAUUUGAAUCUAGUUGAAUUGUUUAAAUCGGGCAAGAUAUGAACAUUAUUUAGAAAUAUAAUCUGGCAUACGUAAUAUUACAAUGGUUGUGAUUUUUUAUUAUAACGUGCUUAGUUCUGAUAAUUUUAGGAAUUAAUUUGUAUUUAUAAAAUGGAAACUAGAGGCUUAACUAUUUAUAUAUUGCAUUAACUGUUAUGCCAUAUUUAUAUAGACAUAUAUUAAGGGAUACGAAUUCACAAGAAAUAAUAAGAAAUUGUGGAAACGGGUUUGUUAUUUUAUAAAUAUUUGUUCACCUAAUUUAUUAGAUUCCACGACUAAAAAAAUAACUAUUCAUCAUUGGUUCAAGACCUUGGUGGUAAAAAGUAAAGAUAUAUUCUUUAUGGGUGAUCGGAAAAUUAUUUGCUUUUGAAAUCCAAAAUACUUGCGAUAAAACAACCUUAUAAUUCAAUCAAGUUUAUAGAAAUAAAAAAAUAUAUCUUUGGGUUUCCCCGGUGUCGUAUGUGACCCUUGCUCCUACACUAAAGUUUCAACUUGAUUUUUGGUGCAAUUGUUCAUGCUUAAUGACGCGCAAGUAUUUUAAGGUAACAAUAUUAGUUUUAUUUGUUAACAAAAUUAAUUUCAAUUUUGCAAAAACUUUUUUUUUUGUGAAUAUCAAAUGCGUGUAGUCAUUUUACGUAAACAAUUGAGUUAAAAUGUAAUAAAAGCAUUAAUUUUCUUUUUUCUUAGAGAUCUAAAAAGCAAUUUUAUAAUGCUAAUAACACGUUAAAUAAUCAUUUUAGAACCUUUUUUCAUUCGAAUUUCUUACUCUCUUUUUUGCGUAAAAUAAAUUAUUGAAGUUAACGAAAAAAAAAAUUUAAAUAAAUUUUUGUUCUAACGCGUUAAUUUUACUUUUUAAUUUUUUAGCCUCAAAUUCUUGCUCGUUAACAAAGAUCAAUAAGUAUCAACAAUUAUUUUGAAAUCUUCAUAUAGCGAAUUAACAGGGUUCGUAUAUAACUGCGGGAAGCGAAAGUUACUUUUUAAUUUCCAUAAAGCCUCUUCAUAAAUUUUUUCACCCCAGGCAUAUUGGAUUUCGGUUACAAAAAUGUAGAACCACUCCUAAAUACCGAUUUUUUCUUUUAAUUUAUAGCUGUAGUGAUAAGACCUGGCAAAAAAUACUUUUCGUCUGUGGUAAAUUACUGUUAUUGAAACAAGAUAAAUAUUGAAAUAUAUGUACAAUAUUUCCAAUUUUUCAUAUUCGAAUAAAAAAAUGUGGAAAAAAACGAUUUAAAAAUUGUAAUGACAGAGUUAAAUUUUAGCCAAAUCCUUUAAUAUAUAGAUUAUCCAUUUUGCAUCAAUGUAGGCGCAUUAUUGUAUCACGUCUGCGAAGACUGGCAAAAACAGAUUUGGAUCCUGUAUCAAUGAACGAAUGUAACAUACGCCUCUUUCUUAUCCCGUUAUUUUAAAAGUAGAAUUACGUGGAAACGGGUGGAACGUUUCAUUAGGGAACAUCAGGGCCGUCAAAUUAAGGCCCUAUUUGUAUAUAAGUUUAAACUCUUUUUUUAUUGUUUAAAAAACAGCAAAUAAGUUUCACAUACACAGAAUUAAUAAACUUGAUAAGUAAAA